AUGAUGAUACUUUGUUUUCUUGUGAUGCACUCGGUGACGGCAAUUGCAGAGUAUUACAAUCAGCAUUCGAUUCCAUACGAAGUCAGCAAUACACAAGAUAGUAAAUACCAUCAAUACAACGUUGAGUCUUCAACAACAGAUAGUGAUAUACUUGACACAGAAUACAGCAAACAGCCUUCAAUUGUAUCAGAAAGUAAGAAAAUUAGUCACAUAACUGAUGAUGCACUGACACCUUCAAUUGUAUCAGAAAGUAAACAAAGUAUUCAUUACACUGAUGAUGCACUUCUAUCUACUCCCAUUAAGUCAUUGAAAAUUGGAAAGUUCAAAGCCAAUCCAGAAAACAUCAGCACGCUGCUUGAUAGAGAAAUGGCAGACAUGAGCCCUGGCCUUCAUGAAAAGCUUGUAAGCACUUUGGCGCAUAAUGGAGUCGAUAGAAAAAAAUAUAGAGAUUUGGUUAUGAUUAGAAAAAGAGUCACUGACGAUGGAAAGCGUAAGGUAGUCAACCUCAAUGUUAAAGAAAAAAUAAUACCGAAGGUGCUUCAGGAUGAUGACUUUGCGCCAAACAGCGAUUUCAUAACAAGAGCACUGAUCGGAGGAGCUAUGUUUUUCUUGGUAGGUCUUGUGUUCACUACAACCCUAAAGAUGUACCGCAGCAUAAUCAAGAAAAAAUAUCUUGGCAUUGACAUUGAUAGUAAAACCGAAAUCUUUUCAGAGCCAAAGUAG